AAAAUUAAAAACAAAUAGAAGAAUACAAACUUUUGCGCCAACGAAAGCACAACUUACGUACAUCAUUAUACUUAUAGCAGUUGCAAACAAAAACAAUGUAAAGAAGUCAGUUGCAGCAGCAACAGUUGCUUUCAUUUCAUGGUAUUGCUUUUUGUAUUUUUUGUUUUGCUUUGCGUGAAUCAUUCGCAACCAAUCACCUGACCGUCAAGCGGCCAAAAUAGCCCCCCCAACAAAUGAACAACAACAAAUCGACAGUGUUAUUGUGAGUGAAGCAACUCUCGUAUUCACAAAACCGCGGCAGUCAAUAACAGCGAAGGUAAUAUAGAAAAACCGGUUAACGGCGAGCCCGCACAAUGCGCUUGCUCACGCGGUUUGUUUUUGUUAAGGCAUACGCGUUUUUCGAACACCACUACGAAAAACUGGUUACGUCUUGGGCUAACAAAUAGUGGACCGGUUCGGCGAGUUCCUGGUGGCUGGUUUCUGCUCUAACAACUGCGUUGUUGAGUGUUCUGGUUUCAUUUACAUACACACAUACAUAUAUACAUACACCAUAUCGGGGAACGUUUGAACGGUUUGUUUUACGCUAAAACAGGCUUUGGCAUUUAUCAUUACAGUUUCAGCCGUCGAACAUGGCUAAGACACUGAAAAAUACAGCUUCGUUUAAGGAAAAAUUAAUACCGGAGAUUGGCAGGAAAAAGGGUGGCAAGGAUUACAUUAACAUCGAUCAAACUGUACUGGAGCCGAGUCCGCAACGUAUUCGCAACAUUUUGACGCUGGAGGAGCGUGUUGCCGCCAUAGAGGCUUACGAUUGUCGCCCGAUGUACACGAAGGUUGCGAAAAUGUUCAACUGCAGCUGGGAACAGAUCAAAAAUAUAAUUGCUAAUCGCGAUGCUAUUAUGGAAUUUUACAUGGCUACCAGAAGUGCGGAAACGCAAAAUGAUCCCAAUCGGCUAGAGGUGCGCUCGCGCAAAAUACGCUUUUUGGGCGAAUGUUUGUACGAGUACAUACAACGUGCGCAGUUCCACACCAAGGCAAAUGUGACGGAGGAGUUGCUGCGGAUGAAGGCGAUUGAGUUUCGUGAUAUCAUACAAAUCGAUAAUUUUAUGCCCAAUAAGGCAUGGAUCAAUCACUUCAAAGCCACAUACAAUUUUUCGUUGUCGAAUCGUCAAAUCACGAUCACACGCAGACCGCCUACCUCACUCGAUCUAAAGGACAUUAUGACAUAUUGCACGAAAAACAAAGCGAAAACGGAGACGGCGAAUCAGGUUUCGCCGGUGGAAGAGAGCAGAGAAUCCGAUUUGUACCGCACGACCACACGCAUUGCCAUUUCCGGCGAGAAUGAGGCAGCGUUGCAGGAGAUGAAGCAGCGCCGCUUGCGUAAAAUCAGCUUUCUAACGAAAGCGCUGUUCGAGUAUUGGCAACGCGCCAGACAUCACCACAAAAUGCGCAUGAACGAGAACUCUUUGCGAAAAGUGUCUUUCGAGCUGAAGGAGAUGUUGAAGAUCGACAAUUUCUAUCCCGAUAAGGAGUGGUUAAAUCACUAUAUGACAGUCACAUAUCCCGCAAUGUGCAAAGAGUCACACGAUUCACGACCGCCGCCACUCUCGCUGGACCUAAAGGACAUACUUAGCUACUGCAGCAGACAGGAGAAUAAGAAGCAAGCGCCCAGCACCAUAACGCUAGCGCCGAAAGAGACGUCCAAGCAGUGGGCAGGAGAUGCAACGCUUAAUACCACAACUACAACUGCGCCACUGGUGCAAAUACACACCUUCAACUUGCGACGCAGUGAUGAGUCAACUACGCCGCGCACUCAAAUACUAAUUCCAAGCCCCAAGCAACCGCCGUCUACUUUAGUGGCCAAAAUUAAAGAAGAAAUUGUGGAAUUAGAUGAAGAUGACGAAGAGGAUCAAGAUGUGAAACCGAGUUUAAAUGAAUUGCUGCCAACUCCCACUUCACCUGCUGUGCCAGCUGUCAAAUCGCAAUCGAAAAUGCCAUUAACAACUGUAGCUGUGGCGGCGGGGCAAGAGGCACAACGUGAAACUAACAUCACUGACAGUGGAUCCCAAAUACCAGCAUUAAGGGUAGUGAGUUUAAGUGAAUUAGUACCACCACUAGCACCGCUACCAGCUGCAGCGCUGGCCACUGCAAGCGAUCCACAAACAAAAACAACAAAUCCUAGUAAAAAACGCCAACACAGCGACCAACCAAUCAACACCCAUCAACCUUUGAAGAUACAAAAGAUCGAAUCGAUUGGUGUGCAUGUUGAGCAAACAGUGCACAGUCCUGGCCAUUGGUCGGAGCAUAGUGAUCGAGAGGAGGAGGAACUGCCAAGGCAUGUGACUAAUUAUAAGGAUGCUCUAAAAUUGUUGAAGCCUUUAGAGGAAUUCGCAAUGCUGGAAGAGAACUAUCGUGUGAUCGGACUAAUAUCACAGCUCGAAAAGAUAUUCAAGCAACCACCGCCGAAAGAGGAUAACUGAAAUUUUAUUCAAAUGUGCCUAAGAAAAAUUUGUAUGAUUCCUAUGAAAGUAGCCUUAAGGCAGCGUUAACUUGUUUUAAAGUUAGUGCAUGCACAAGAACAACAACAAUUUCACACACAUGCUUGAGUUUGUUAAUACUACUAAAAGUACAUAUAUAUAUAAUAUAAGUAUGUGCAUACAAGUAACGUAUAUGUAUGUGUGUAUGUAAAUCUGGAUGCGUGUACACACAUACAUAUGCACAUAUGGCUGUAAUCGAUUAUUGUGUUCUCACUUUAUAUUUGAAUUUAAUUUGCAUAAGUAUAUAAAACUUUGUACAUAACAUCUACCCACACACAUUAAUACCUAUGUGCCUUCUUUAUUGCUUUUAUGUUGUUGUAUAUACGCACAUACAUACUUAUAAAUACAUAUAAUAUUAGAGUUUUGC